AUGCCCAGUAAAAGGAAAUCGAAGAAUGGCAAGGAGAUUGUAAGAGGAAUGAAAAAAAGAAAACUUCAAGAAGUGACUACAAUUGAUGAGCAGGCCUCAACAAGCACACCGAGAAUAAUCAUUGACGACGACUCAGAUGAAAGCGUCGAUUGGACAACAAUACCAAGAUGUUCGGCCCCGACGACUCAAUUUCCAGUAUCAGUUUCCCUUAGCCCAGCCGAAACUCAUACACUUAACAAUGAAAUUCGCGAAGGGACGACUUCAAUUUUACGUUUUUCAAGACGUUCGAGCCAUGGAAUCACACCAUCACGCACAGCAAUGGUUCAAGAGGAUCAAGAAAUCAUUCAAAUUUCUUUGGACACUAAUUUGCAACCGUCCAAUUCUUGUUCACCGUGGCCUAAUCAAGCACCACAACCACCAAAUUUUCGGCUUUUUGGUGUUGAUGGAACCCUUUAUCAAAAAUCGCGACUUUCGGCGAGUGCAAAGAAACGAAUGAAGUAUAAUUGGUGGUCCGAAUCAGAUGUAAUCAAAUCCAAGAGAUAUGCAUUGCAUCCUCAUCCAUUCAACUUCGAAACGGACGAAAUUUUGAAAAUUCAACAUGGGGCCAUUAAACCAAUGAAAACUUCACACGCUGAGAAAGUGCGAUCAAAGGUGAAAAGGAUGUUGACAGCGAGACGAGAUAAUAAUUGCGUUGUCAGCGACAAUGAUUAUUUCGCUGUGGAAUUUUUAAUGACUAAACGGCAAAUCUCCGUACGGUUAACCGAGAGUCGAGACGUCCCUGAAAUGGACUAUCCGCCGCUUCUAGAUGCCGGCUAUUUCCCAUUUCAAUUACGGAAAACGAUGCCAAUUUCGACAUUGUAUGAAUGGCACAUGGCUGGUCGACAUAUUCAUGGUUUUUACCAACCAAUGUCUCUUGUUGACGAUCCAGAAAAAUUCUAUCUAGUCGAUCAAUACAAUUUUUUUUAUUUUCCAUUAUACGUGGAAUAUGAGAAAUGGGACGCGAGACUCAAGUUUGCAUACGAUCUUGUAACAACCUAUAAUUUGCACUUGUCUGAAGUUAUUCACAGGAAUUUUGAUCACUUCGAUAGUUUGAACCUUCUCGUUCCAUACGAUUUAAGAAAUACCGUCGAUCAUCAAGGACCCUAUAAAGUGCGAGAAGACAAUGACCUUCGAACUUCCGAAAUUCGAAAUCAAAAUAUCGACGUUUUUGAUGGAGUAGUUUUAAUUGUCGGUGGCUGUAAAUUAUCAGUAUAUAAACACGACUACAAACUUGACAAAAUUUCCAACGAUGUGGUUCAUGUGGAUAGCAAUGAUUCGUCUGAUUUGGAGAUUUAUCAACCUGAAAAUGUUACGAGUCGAGUCUCCAAAAUUAACACUUCCGAACCAUCUACAAGCAAAGAUAAUUCGGCCAAUGUUCAGAAAGAAAUCGAACCGGGAGAAUUUGUGAACACUAAUCGUCAGCGAUUUGACUUAGAUGAUUAUUCUCAACAACAUUCGAUGUUAACCAAUCUCAACUCUUCAUUAAUAGUCGGAGAGCGGGAAAAGAAUGCGGAUGAUGAUGAAUUAUUCUUCGAUGAAUAUGUAGAGAUCAUGGACGAUGAUUAUCAAGGAAUCGGACUUUUAACUACACCUUGGAAGGAUAAGAAUGAUCAUGGUUCUUCAUUCAUUAAUCAAAUUCGAGAAGAUGAGCAAGAAGCUGGUCCUUCGGAAGAUCCAGAUAGAAGCCAAAUUUCAUUGAGAAAUAUGAACAGUGACGAUUCGCGAGAAAUUCAUUCGUCGAAGACUCUCGAUGAUGUUCAGAAAGAAGACUCUUCGCGGCAAAACUUGAGUCAUGAAACGGAACGAAACGUUACACAACAUAAGGGAUCACCGGACGCUCAAGAAGUCAGCGAUUCAUCGAAGACUCAAAGCGAUAUUCAAGAAGAAGCUUCCUCAGUACGCGACGAUAGAAAUGAGAAUGUUAACGAAGCUGCAAAGAAUUCUGCUGACAUUAUUCAAAAAGAAAGUUCGUCGAUUGAACAUGUCAUUCAUGGAAAUGAGCGAGAUAAUACAACUUCGGAAGUUCAAGAGAGCAUUCAACAAGACGCUGGAAAAGAAAUGACAUUGACAAAAGGAAAGGAAUACGAUGAGGUGCAAGAAAUGUCUUCCUUGAAAAUUCAAGAUCUUGAACCACAAGAAGGCUCCUCACGACAUUAUAUCAUUCCGAACGGCUGCAACGAAAUGACUCACGUGUCUAUCAAUAAUGGACGACGACUAUCUGCCGAAGCAGGUGGGUCACCUGAUCCAGUGGAAAGUUUCUCAUUCUCAAGCCAAAGUCGUGAAGAUGUAUUAGAAAUUCUGCCAUUGAAUACUCGUGAAAACAUACAACAUGACGUUUCAAAGAAGAAUCAAACUAUGACUGACAAUGACAAACGCGAAGUUCUUCAAUCGCCGUCUAAUGAUGGAAUGGAAAAGGCUCCAGAAUUCCACUUUUUGAGGAAUAAUCUCGAAGUAAUUGAAAGCGAUGAUUCAGAGGAAGAAGAGGCUAUAUACGAGAGUGGUCAUGAAAACGAGCGAGCGGUUCUCCAAUUUAACGCACGAGAAGACACUGGAAUUGAUAGUCACGCAUUAGAUGGGUUGGAAGCGAGUUUCGAGGCUUGUCAUAUGAUUGAAAAUAGUGCGCAGUACAAAUCCCAAGAAGCAACUGAGGCUGGCCCUACAGAAGCUACAGAGGAACAUGUUGAGCCCAGUAAUCAAUUGUUUGAAGAAGAAGCCCCACAAGAUAACCAAUUGCCGUUUUCUUUGUUGAAGUUAAUCAAUGAUGAGGAGCUGAAACGUACUUAUGGAUACUUGCUCAAAGAGCUACCUUGUGCCUACGAAAUAUUUUCAGAUGAGAUGUUUCUACAAAGUCUUUCCGUCAUUUACUCAACUUCAUUGCUUCAUCUGAAUUCUUAUGUUAUGUCUUUGAAAGAAUCGAAACCACUGGAAAGGAAGUUAAGCGAUCAAGCCCUUCGACUUUACCAUGCACUUUUUGAUCAAGUGUUUUACAAAAACGGCGCAUGGUACUUUUAUAGUCAUGAAAUACGUCAAAGACAUGGUCUUAACGAAGAAAAAGUAUUCACGGACGUAAUCAUUUCUCGCGGCUUGUCAGAAGAGACUUCAACCCAAGAACAAGAAACGGUUGCCACAGAGUUGCCAGGCUCCACAAGUAAAUCGCAAAGUCUUAUAAAUCCACCACAAUCCGCGUCCGUCACAAUAACGAGCAAAGUGUGCAACUAUGCAAAAGCAUCUUUCACAACAUCGAUGCGUUCUACCGCCAUGGAAGCAAAUCUCACAAAAGUGCCUGACGAAGAAGAAUGCGUUCUCACAAUUAGAAACGAAACGCCUAAACGGUACUCAUUCAAUGUGAAAGAGGUGCCAUAUGCUCAUCAAGAAUGUGUCGGCGCGUUUGCAUGCAUUCUUGAAAGUAGCGCGAUUGAGAAGGUCUUCAUGGUGCCGCCUCUCGAUUUGCCAUCUUGGAAGCCACCGAUUGAUGAAGAUGAUGAAUCGCACCAAGCACCAACAUCGCACAGAAUAUAUCGACUUGAAAAAGCGUCGCUCACGGUGUCACUUCCCAAAAAUUAUCAGACAACCGAGAAGGAACCGAAAAGGGAACUAAUUGAGCCUGUGGAAGAAAAACGAACAACACUAUCGGUUAAUACACGACUUUUCGACGACCAAACACUUCUUGAUUUUGAUUGUGAGAUGGUCCCAUUGUCAGAAGAAUAUUUCUAUGAUAAUCGAGUGGAUGAAGCAGAGAAUGAUAAUAACUAUUUCGGAUAUUCUUCGUUCAAUCCGUACGACGAGAUCGCUAAAGGCCAUCCAACAUUACCUUUUGAUUGUUUACGCCCAAUAUAUAGAAUAGAAACCGCCCAGUUGGGUGUUACAAUUCGACCAAUGAUCGUAGAUCUCGAUUUGAAGAUUCCUAUAAUGUACAAAUGGAAUGAAGACAAUUCUCGAGAGCCAAUAAAAUUUGAAGAUCUUAAAAAUAUCAUCACCGACAACAUUUAUCAAACACCAUAUGAGAACGAAACAAAUGUUGGAUGUGUAACCAAACGCGUGUUCAUUUUCUUCCACAAGUGUAACUGCAAAACGGUCAAAUACCUUGAAAGAGGUCCACCAGUAGUGAUUCGGGACGUCAAUGAUGAGACCAAUUGGAUAUACGAAAUGCAACCUAUCAAUAGGGUAAUGGUUUUAAGCGAUGCUGACGAACCUCAACACUACAUUGGCGCAUUCGUUUGCAAACAUGGAUACAGUGAACAUUUAACGCUAUCAAACACUAUUACAUCAACGGAUGCCUUCACCGAGUAUAUCGAUACGAUAUCUUCUUGCACGAUGCUUGAUGAAGUGCCAAUGAAAUUGAGCAGGAUUGUACCGAAAAAUGUACCGCAUCGCGUUCUAACGCUAAUAAGGCGUGUUCUGGAACGCGCCGAACUUCUUGACCAUUUUUUCGACAAUGAGGAUUUUCUGAAUCUUUUCCUCAAGAAGGAAAUGGACUUGUAUCGAAUGCUGAAGUACGGAACAACAGAUGAAGGAAUAUUGAAUGAAAACGAGAUGAAAAUCUUCAUUGAAGAAAUAAAGCGAAUGGAGCUUUUAGCUGUUCAAAAAGAACUACGGCUUUCGAUUGAAUGCGACCAACCACCGAUAGUGACGAAGAAAAUUCUCUGGAAUUUUAUCAACGGUUUUGUUCAUUACGCAGUGUGCCAAUUCUUUCAAUCGAUCACUAAUGACUCAAAUAAUGUGUCGUUUGCUUCGAAAAUGGAUACACCGGCAACAUCAUCAAUUUUACGUUUGCCUAUCAUUCAUACGCCAUCUCAACAAAAAAGGCUCGAAGAAGAAGGAUUGCUUCGAAAUUCUGAUGAUCGGAGAAAUCAAUCGGUUUCUCUCAUCAAAUCUACACCAACGCUUUCGAUCCAAUCCUCAGCGACACCUCGUCCAAUGACUUUGAAUGAAACACCGCAGCGUUCGAGCAAUGUGUUAGGAAGGAUUUCUAUCCAGACCAACGGUCAGCAGCUGAAUCAACAAAAUUCAAGGCUACCACCUUCUGUGCGAAUCAACUUCCGGAAGCGACCCGAUUUCGUCACCCGCGCGCUAGAAUCAAAACAAAAAUCGCCGCCAGCUCAAUGGAAAUUGAAAUUAUCUACGCUGCAAGAUGCACAACAGUCUAUCAACCGCUUGGGAACAAAUACACAAGGAUUAAUGUCUCGACUUGAAAAGACACCUUCAGUUAUAGUUCUUGACAAUGUACGACCGAAUGUUACGAUGAAUGCUCAAGAGAAAGCGGUGCAAAAAUCGAGCUCUAAAGAAGGCAGUUUCAAGCGGAUGACUCCUCCAAACUUGUUAGGCAACGCUGCAGGACCACAAUUGCAAACGCCCCGUGCAAACCAGCUCUCUCUACAGAUCUCUAGUCAAAACUUGAAUAAGAUUCAACAAAAGAGUUUGGAAAAUCAACCGAAAAAAGUGAUUCAGUUGGAUGCUGCUUUUAUUAGCCCAACAAAAACUGUUCCACAUACAGCGAAGAGCAAUUCUAAUAAUGAUACUGUUCGAUCAAACGCACGAAAACGAAAAGCAUCACAGUUUGAAGAGGAGAUAGUUGCGAAAAAACGAAGAAAAGAGCUAUGCGUAAGAAUUCGACACGCCAAAGUUCCCUCGAAAACGAACGGGAAAAAUGGAAAGAAAUCUCUAAUUCAACUUGCAAGAGAAUCAUCAAGUACUUCGAUUGAAACAAUGAAUCAAGUCAAGUUCACAAGAUUAUCAGAAAAAUUCUCUGGAAAUUUAGAAGACGAAACAACGAGAGAGAAAGAACCAAUUGUUUCGAAAAUCAUUGAACUUGCGGCUUCUCUACGAAAUUUCGGAUUCAGAAAGACUUCAAACAGAUCCGCUAAUAAGCAUUUGAAAAGGAUCUCAGCCACAGCAACGACACCUCAAAAGAAUACAGUUCGCACAGCUUCUCCUCCAAAAACCACAAUCCGUACAAUAUCACCUCCACGGAUCACCGUCCGUACAAUUUCACCUACAAAAAUCGCUGUACGCACAACGUCACCUCCAAGGAUCACAACUAGUAAAACUUCGCCUCCGAGAAUCCCUGACGUUUCAACUGUCACGAAAAAUCUUCAACAAGUAGCUAAAACUACUCCAAUUGACAUUAUCAAUUUAAUGAAGGAUUCAAAAUUGGAAGAUAUCAACACUAUUUACAAAACUACGGAAAUCAGUCAAGUACCGCGUUAUUUUCCGAAUAAUGUCGAACGAUUCAAGCAUAUGUCGGCUGAAAUGAAAAAGAGAAAAAUGUUUUAUUAUGGGCAAGUUGGCUCUUUUGAUGAUUUGAUUUUGCUUCGUGGUUGUCCUUCCAAACAAAUUUCAACUCAUUCACAACGACGAAGAUCUCAAUCGUGUUCCGAAUUGGUUGAUUACACACGUCAUUUGGACUAUAAAAAUUCGUUUACAGUCAAAGAAGAAAUUAAUCUUUGCUUUAAUGUGCCGCCAGAGAUUGUCAAUGGGAUUGUAGAACGGAGGGGUACUAUAAGAUUCCCAAGGCUUGAUAACGGCAUUCCCGAUAUUUUUUCUCAUGAAGAGUACAAAAAAUUUGCGCGGUUUCUUAUUAAAGACCAAAGAUAUGCCUAUUUGCUCGACGAGAAAACCACGGAUGAACACAUCAUUGCGAUUGCUCGUAUUUUCAACGAAGCGACACUAUUUCAAGCCGGCUGCAUGCCUGCUCCACAAAGCAAUUAUGAAUGCGUUUAUCAGAGUUAUAGUAGAUGUGUCGAGGCAAUUCAAGAUGUUCUGCAAUUCGCUGAAGGACAAGUCGUCAGCUUAAGUAAACGCAAAAAUCGUCGCAAUUUCUUAUAUCACGUGUUUUUCGAUCACGUGCUUUUAGUCUGGAAAUGCUACAUUCCAUUCAUUGAAAGAUUAUGCCAUUGUGUGCUUAAUAGGAUAUUCUCAGUUACUGCUAUCUAUUACUGUUCGAAAAGGAAAAAUGCGACACCUCUUUUAAUUUUAUUUCGAAAUUAUCUGGAUUCAAUAAAAGAUGUGCUAAAGGCGAUAUUCGAUUUGCAGCCUGCACUUGACCUUUAUGAGCAAAUUCGCGGUCUUCCAAACAAUGUUUCACUUGAUCGACUACAGAAUACAAUUUAUGGCGUAGGAAAAUUGUAUAUUGAGCGACUUCGUCCCCCACAAUGGACGAUGGACAGCGAUAUCAAUAUUUUGUGGAAAUACAAUAUGCCAGAUAUUAAGCAUUCAUUAGACCUUUUGGUGCUCAACAACUUCACCGCCGUGAAUGACCCACGCAAUGAUAUAGAAUUUGACGCGUUAAGCGAAAAGUUCAACCUCCCGCGUUUCAAUCAUGAAUUCGCAAAUCGUAUUGCGCAUGUUGAUCGCCAAACUUUUAUGAAGAAAUAUUUGGUGCGAGCGUUUUUCCAACAAGCGGACAUGUUUAUGGAAGGCCUGGAAAAGGUCACGGGAUGUGAAAUCGACCUUCCGGCGGCAAGACUUUAUAUAUCCGGACACCUAAGGAAGAUGUUGGACGUUGUCAGUCAUAGGAGAGAUGUGCCGGCCGAUGUUCACCCAUUGUCCCCAAUAACGUCUUCUUAUUUGAUAUAUUCUCAACUCACGUAUAUCGAGUACGAAUACGACGAAAUACAUGCGAUGCAUCAAUUGAAUGAAGAAUACGAAGAUCUUGUCAGAAGAUGCAACUACGCGCCAAUGGUUCAACCACUGAAGACGAGCUUCUUUUUCCGCGAGGAGCCCACAAUGAUUGUGUUCUCGGUCAUUUUUGAGGAAGAUAUAAAAUUGAUACUUGAUAAAAGAAUGCGUGCUGAUCGGGUUGCUCGAAAUGAGAAACGUCUCGACUAUUCGAUUCAUCGCAGAAUCAACAACAUACACUAUAAUACAAUGGUGGAUAUCGACGAGGAUAAGGUGUGGGUGCAAUUGUCAACAAGCACUGGAGAACCGAUUAGUCGAUCGUUUCCAAUAAUUGCGCAAAAAUUGAAACCAGGGCCGCAUAACGUUAUUAGUGAAACUUACGUAUUAGAGAGAGCAGAUAAGAUAAAAAAAGAGACGAUAUAUACGAAUGAGGAUACACAGAAGAAAUUGCGCCCACCAGGAUAUAUGAAAUUGUUAAAAUCUAAAGAAGUCUUUCCGCGUCUAUAUCCUAAAAGAAUGAGUGUUUUGACUCGUCAGAGAGAGAAAGUAGUGCUGGCUUCGACGGAAGGGCAUUACGCGAAUGGUUAUUUCAAUACUUUUGGAUUGGCACUGAAGCACCUUAGUAUAAAAGAGAAAGUUGUGGACACGAUAGGAAGCUCAUUUGUUUGUGUUCAUUCAAAAAUUCCACACCACCUGGUUCAAAAUUAUUACACAAUGGUUUAUCCAAAGCCAGUGGAGAGGAAGAAAACAAAUGUUGGCCGAAAGAAGAAAAUUGAUCAUAUCAUGAUUGAGCAACAAGAGCACGCCGAUGGCCCACCAACACGAACAACCGAACCAUAUGCGCAAAAAGAAUACCACUUUGAAAAUUAUACUGGAUAUAUGAAUGAAACCAAAAAUGUACAUGAAUAA